AUGUCAGAAGUUCGUAAAUUUGUCAUGAAUGGCGAUAGAAUGACUGGAGUAGAUAAAGCAGAAGGGCAAUUUUAUGCAGGGGAUGAGGGACAGCGCCCAUUUUGUGGUGGACCGAAAACGACUUGCUGCAAUGGACGACAAGAUGAAUGCUCAAUGGAUAGGGACGGAGGGCUUACCAAGUGUUAUUGUGAUGAUUUUUGCGAAAAGUCCCAUUCUUCACCUCAUGAAGAUUGCUGUUGGGAUUACUGGCAUGUUUGUCGUAACAAACCAAAUCCUACGAGUAUAAUUCAAGGUCAGUGA